AUGAUGAUGCGUCAAUUGCUUACUUUAACCGCACUUUUUGCUUUAUCGUCGGCUUGUUGCCUUCCUAGGCAAUACUCAGUUUUGCUUGCUAGUGGUACUUUUAAUAAAUAUUCCUCAUCGAUAUCGCAAUACGGCGCAAUUAAUAAGGUUUAUUAUGACCAGUGCAAUCAAAGAAUUCGAUACAAUAAUCCAACAGCGGGAUUUUCGUUUAUCACUGAUUAUGGAAGCAACGAAUAUCAUUCUAUCCGUAAUGGCACAUGCACUACAUUUAAAUUAAGAGGCAGUCUGAAAAGGACUUGUACACCAAGCUCUUUUCACUACAUGAAAACACUGAAUUUUGGUGCCGGUGCCCUUCCUUUUGAUAUUUUAUCUUACAAGAGAUUUGGUUCUACAUAUAGUUCUGGUGCUUCCUAUUUCAUAUCGAAUCCUGGUUGUAUUCCUAUUUCCUAUUCUGGCUUUUACAAGAGCAAAACCCGUAGUUCACUCCACGGCGUAGUUUGGCUAAAUUUCACUAUUGGCAUCUCUGAUUUGAGCGUCUUCAACGCUCCUAAAUUUUGUAGAAGUACAAGAACUUUAAAAUCAAUGGAGAACUUCGAUAUAUGGGAUUUCAUUGCAAAAGAUUUUGGCCAAGAAACUAAAAAUCCAGAAGAAAUGUUUAACACCAUGCACAAAGAAACUGAACAGGAAGAACGCAAGCCUGAAAAUAAAGUAGAAAUCAAACCAGAACGGAACGAUGACUUUGAUGGUAAGAAAUUCCUUCGCGAAAAUUUUGGUUUGGGAGACUUCGAUUUUGAGGAUAGCGACGACGAAUGAACAUCGUGCCAGUGGAAAGCUCGAUUUUGAUUUAAAUUAAGAGUAGAAAAUAGUACGUUGCUAAAAUUACACUGCUAUAUGGUGAAUUUUACUUUAAGAUUUCAUUCCGUUUUCGAUGGUUUAAUUACUGGUCUAUACCAAAUAAUCACCUAGUCAUAGCGUAUAUACUCGUAAUAAUAGGAAAGUUUAAUUAUCUAAUCUAGUCUCUAUGUUAAUCAUUUCAUGUCUGUUAAUACUAUAUGAUACUACAUUAACUAUAUCAGGCUAGUAAUUAAAGUAUUCCAAUCAUUAAACUUCAUCAAUAAAGCAGAUAUUUUUAAAAGCG